AUGCCCGAACCUCUCCGAAGUGCGCUUCCUCUGUUGAUUGAGCUGUCCGUAGCACCCUCUCCGGAACCCCUUGACCUUCCUACCGUGCGCAAGGCCCCUCCAGAGCCAUCUCUCGCGAGCAUUGUUGCAGAGGUCCAGGCGGAGGUCCUCGCAGAAGCGUUUGGUGAUGGAUCCCAACUGCCUAUUUUGCUGGCAGUACCUGGAUUUCCCCUAUCUGUGCUUCACGUCUCGGUGCCAACGCAUGUCACGGCUGAUGGGCUUAACACCAUUGUGCAGGAGGAGGUUCUAAAUAGGCUGGAAAGUUGCUGGGACGCCUGUGCGCCGGUAUGGCCGCGUCCUGAUGCCGACUCUGCUGCUUUCAUUGCGUAUCCUUCAUGCUUCUCCGUGCUUGGUCGCAGAGCGGUGCUGAUUGACACAAGAGACCUGGGUGGAAGCGUCUUUGCCAGCGUUGUCCCUUCCUUCGCUACCUUGCAAGACCUGCGUAGAGUCUCAGGAUGGGACUCCGUCCGAGCGCACGACGUUUUCACCCCUGGCAGCAACACCCCGCUGUGUGCGGAUCAGAGUGUUGGCUUCAGGCAUGGGGAUCUGAUUAAAUUCAUGCGCCCCCUUUCCUCGCCCGCCUGGACCACGACUAGGCUGCCAACUUCCAAUGGCCAUAAGGACAGUGUGCGUCUGCCUUACUCACCUGCUGCUGUAGGUGCGCUGGUCCUUCACCCUGAUAGAACCGCCUAUCUCAGCUCAUUUGGUCAUGACGACUGGGCCACCAUGCAGCAGGCUGCGGCGCUUAUAGAUGUCCCACUGUCAUCAGUACGCAUGGUUGCAGCUUGCUUGCCUGCCGGUUCUUCACUAGUCCAUCGGGGUAAUCACGUAAAAGGGGUGAUUGGGGUCGUUCCGCGUAACUGUGGUGGCGAAGAUAAACCCUCAGCAUCCCUCACUGCGGUCUUUCUUGACUGCCGACCGCUUGGUCAAAGUAUGUCUCUAAUUGCCUUUGAGGGAUUCAUCAUCUCGCGAGACGCUCUGCGAGCUGCCGCCGGGGUUCCCCUGCUCACGGGCUGGACGAUAGCAGUCAAUGGGGGUAGGCGCUGCAAAGAAGGUUUCGAGGUCUACCAUGGUGAGACUCUCAUUCUAGCAUACACCCGUGCUGCAUCGGUUCCGUGCCCUGAAGUGCUGCUCUCAGAGUCAGAGGAAUCUGACCAGGGGACACUCCCGGAGUCAUCUGAGUGUCCUGCUCCCAGACUAGCUCCCCUUUCCUAUGCUAGUCUUCCAGGCAUUGGAUUCAAGACCCCUUCCGAGGGUACCGAGAACCUUGCCCUGAAUGUUCAGGCCUCGCAGGAGCAGGGAAUUGUUGGACACCUUCCGGCCCCCUUCCAUCGCAUUGGGGAGUUCCCUCCACUGGCCGAGGGACCCCUUCCUGCGCUAGGUGACCAUGACUCCGAUGAUGAGGAUGACAGCGUCUGGCACCCCACCUUUAUGAUUUAUGCCAUGCACACUGUCCCGGAGGAAGUGCAAGUCACGCUCCGAGCGCCUUGUCAGAUCGAGACAGCCCGCGAGGCCGUCUCUGCUGCUAUGUCAGAUCAGCGGAGUCGUUACUAUCCCAAUAUCGUGUUUGCGGACCCACAACCCACGCAAUAUUGGGGUGCUGCCAUUGCCCUUCCAGGAUGGGCUAAGCGUGACCCAAUAGUGUUGUUGAACAUGUUGGAUUUGGACGACCGCUGUUUCCUGGCCUCACUAGCCAAUCCGUUCUCGCGUGCGCAAGUCAUUCGUGCCGCAGGCUUGCCACCUGACUCGGCGGUAGAUGUGUUCGCAUUCCGUGAGCACAUCCCCAUGGGGCCAGAUCGGGAAUGCGACCUGGUCACUGGCGGCACCGUAACAAUUCAGAGAUCGGGCGCAAGAUGGACCGUUCAAGGUCACUCCAUCUGGACGAUGUUGGUCUCGCCGCAUUGUUGGGACCCGGCACCACAGAUCCAGGCACCCCCGCGGGGCCACCGCGUCCUCGUGGUACAGGACGACGCAUUCGGCUGUUUCUCUACCGAUGUGGCCGACGCACAGCUCCUGAACGCCGUGCUGCAGGAACACGGCGUGAUGGCAGGCCAGGCGUACUUUGCAAUCAGUACACCACCUCCUGGCGACCUACAAUACUUGGGUUUUCAUUGCGAGAGGUUGUGCGCCUUCGCUCUAGCUGGUGAUGAGGUUGCCCGACCCCCUUCCACCCACUGUGUCACAAUCCUGGACUGCCGACCGUUGCUUCAAGGCUGGGCCCUGUGGCUUACGGAUGAGCCGCAUGUCUCUCAUGUUGAGCUUGUCGACUGGUUGGACACCUUCUCACCAGAUGGCUGGCAGCCGCAGGUCGAAGGUGCAGAAAUUGACAAUAGCACCGGCAAGCUUGCGGUUCAUAACGGUUGUGUGCUCAUCGCUGAGUAUGUCCCCUCCACCUCAGCGGAGUUCUGCAGCAGCCCGGCAGACCAUGGGGCCUCCUGCAUGCCGGAAGCUGACGAAGACUCAGAACCUGAUGAGUCCUCUGACACCAGUGAAGCAAGCUCCCCCAGGCCGAGGCACCAUGCCCCCGACCGCAGCCGCUCCCCUCGCCGUGGGCCUCCUCCGCCAAGCCCCCGUGCUCGUGGAUGCCUUGCGUGCUGCUGUGCUGUGGCUGUCCUUUGCACGCCGGUCGGAGCAAGUGUGCUUGAUUUUGCCAGCCCUGCGCACCGAGUUCUACUCGCCGAACAGGCCAGGUACAUUGGCAUUGCUUAUGCGUUUAUUGUGCUCUCGUUUAGCAUCCUAGGUUGCCCUCAUGUAGGACACAGGUUCCUCUCUGAGCCCGCAGGUCACUCCCCCACAGAACGAUGGCACCUCUCAUACCUGCGUCGCCUUACGAGACUGCUAGGAGGACGCUGGCACUAUGACGAGGCUCUCGAACCGUACGAUGGCGUGCAUCUUAUGGAAGCUCCUCAUGACGCACUCUCUGAUGACGAUGGCGAGAUUUUUGCUCGCAUAGGCUGUGCGGUUCUGAAGGUUGGAUAUCGGCCUGAACUCCUUUCUGUUGCCAUCUGUAUGCCAGCGACGGAGGAUGAGCUAGCUGUUGCUGUGCAGGCUGCGCGUGGGCACGACUGCCGCCGGCGCUUCCCCAACAUGCAUCCAAUUUUGCCGCAACCUGUCUGUGGCACAGCAGUUUUCAUUGCCACCCCGGCAUGGAGCACCGAUCUUCAUGCGGUCUGUUUCUCCACAGCCUGUAUAGAUGGCAGGGUUUUCGUUAUCCACGCGCCUGACUAUGUCUCCAGGCACGAAUUGCUAUGGCUAGCAAGGAUCAACAAUCCUGAAGACGUGGACAUUUAUGUGGGUACUGCGGAAGACCCCCUCAUUGAUGAGGUCCCGGUGCAUCUGUUCCCGGCUGCCCUUGUGUCCUUCGUUCCACGAGCAUCCUCUCCAAAUCGGCGCACAUUGGGAGAACGUCUUCUGUCCACAGAAGGAUGGACAGACGUGCCCACUCUCCCGAUAAUACGGGACGCAGAUGCAUACUGUGUCGUCCAGCUCGGAGCGUCCUUUCUGCACUUCUCCCCGCCCGAACCCACAAGGUACAGGGAUGCCAUUGCGCAGGCGACUGGCAUUGCUCUUCGUGUGCUGCGAAUCCAAGCGGCGCAGCCACGACCAACUGAUGUUGAGAUAGAUGGAUACCAGUGCCGAACUGUUCUUGCUGCAGCCGAGCCACCCCAUGUGUAUGGCAACCGCCCUUGGCACUGCUGCCUGCUCGAUUGCCGGCAAAUACAGGAUGCAUGGCGUAUCCUCCGAGUCCAUGCUGGCAGAAUCCAUCUCCCCCACCUCUUGGAGACUAUCGAUGAUGAUGCUCCCCGCGGAUGGCAGGCUAGGAUUGAUGUCAGGCCUGAUGCACACGGCUGGCUUCAUACGCACCCGGGACAGAUUUUGGUUGUCGAAUACGUGCCGUUAGCCGCGGACGACGGCCAUACUCAGCCCCCUGGCGGUGCGUCCGGACCGCCCCCUCCAGCCAACUCCGCUGCAUCAACUCUGGCUAGCGGAGCCUCCCUCGCCACACAGCCAGAGGGAUCUCCCUCUACCCUGCCGGUGGAGCCAGUGCAAGGCGAAGGUAUGUCUGAGGCCCAGGAUGUCCAUAUCCCCUUCCUUCUGUUUGCUCAGGAGUGCUGGCCGGAGCACGUGCUUGUUCGAGUGAUCGUGCCCGCAAUGCCAUCUGAGGCCUUUGGCUUUGCUGCACAGGCACGCGAGGCAGAAGAUCACAGAAAGAGACCGCGGAUUGUGGAGGUCUACCCACAGCCUCGUGCCGGGCAAGUCUGCGCGCUUGCGCUCCCCCUAUGGCGGUAUGAUGGUGCGGCAGUCCUUAUCGACAGCAGAUUCCCCUACGGACACAUUUUCGCGCAGGUGUUGCCUAAGGUCAUCCGGAGAGCCGAUAUGCUCAACCUUUUGGGCCUUAGCAUGUCCUCCGACGUCCGAGUCUUUGUGCGCGACAUGCCUUGGCCGUUACAGGCAGGUGACCCAGUCGAUUUGGCCGAAGGUGACCUCAUCACAGUUCUUCCAGCCGCUGGCCCCUUUGAGCCGCUACCUAGCCUGGCUUCCAUGCUCAGAAGGCCUAGGAUGUGGGAGCCAUUUCCCGAGCUUGGCGGUGCACAGCAGAAUGUUUCGUGGGUGCUUUCUGAUGGCCCUGUUGCUGCGACUUCUGUUGAUAGAGAUCUCUUUGCAUCAAGCAGUUCCGGGGCUGCUGCAUCUUUGCGGCUCCCGGAUGGCUCGUUCACGCUCGUCCCUACAUCCCCAGCCAUAGAUGAUCAUGCCCGGCUCGGCGUUCUCUCUAGGGGCGUUCUUGUGGCUUGUCAAACGCAUGAUUUCACGCCAAAUGGGCGCAAUGCUAAAACCCCUUUUGUGCUAGACUUGCGGCCCAUCCUUCUGACUAUCGGUUGGGCGUAUGCUCCUGACAGUCUAGUAGAUGUGGCCUCUCUGUGCCACCGGCUAGCAUGGCGAUGCCCAGCAGGUUACCACAUCCGGAUCUACGGUGGAUCCCUUAUUCAGGGCGGCAAUCAUUACCGCCGCGUCGAGCCUGGUGAAGUGCUCACCGUUGAGUUCCAGCCGAACUAUCUGCAAGGUAUUCGCACGCACGACUCCCCUGCAACCGUGCCCCCUGCAAGCAGUGCGAACUCGGACUUCGAUCCUGACUUCGGAGGGGACCAAGCAUCCUCCUCAACCUCCUCACGUGCCGACGCAGGCACAGGGGCCACCCAGCGAUACUCUGCGGGCUAUGGCAGCAGUGGCCGGGGAGGUAUGCAAGGUAAUGGACAAACCAGCAAUCGCUUCAUUACUGGUACCCCAAUCCAUGGGAGGCGCACCCUCAAGCCGGACGCACCCGCCUGUCAAGCCACUUUCUCAGGUUUCCAGGUGACGGCCCCCGAUCUUCCCUCUGAGUGCCGUUCUGAUGCCCAACCGAUGUACAUGUGUUCUCUCGGUGUAAAUGAUGACGAUGCCUCUCACGAUGGCGAACCGGAGCACACCCCUGUUUCCCGGUAUGAGCACCCUGUCCGCAGUGCCGACGCAAGCCAUAGGCGUUUGAGCCGUGGUGACCGCCGUCCUGAUCGGACCCCGUGCGGAAGAGGAGAGCGCCCUGCUGCUGCCUGCCUUGCUGUUGGCGCCUGCAUUUGCAUUGCUGCAGUGUCCAGUACCAAUGCCUUUGGUGUAGUUGUGCUCUUGGCGCUGAGCCGCUGCAGUAGCCCAAUUGGGAUUGCAUUAUGUGCUCUCAGCCAGCCGCGGGUCUUCCCUGUUGCCGAGGCCGUUCACCUUCACACCGUUGUUACUGCAGUUCCUAGGGGGACUGUGUGUGCUACCUCGGCGGCCGACCACACAUAUGUCGCUGCAGGUUCAGGCCCUCAGGCUGGCAGCGGCCGAACAACAAGUGGCGUCUCACGUCCUAUCCCGACCCCGUGCCGAGGUUACGGACGCAUCCCAAGAUCCCUGCCACAGCCGACUCAUGCCUCUAGCGAUACCGCCCGAAUCGGCUCGCACUCGGAGCGGGAGGAGAUCCUCUCCACUUUGCUCGAAAGGAGCAUGCUCGAUAAUGACUAUCAGCCUAUGCUCGCGGCUUCGAUUGCCUUGGAGGAGGCUUUCGCGCGACCCAAUCACACUGCCUACCACACACAGGUCACCAGGCCAACAAUAUGCCUCAACGAGUCUAUCCCUUUCGGCCAGGAUAUGCUCCCCAGCGGGACUGAGCCGGAAGUUUUUGAUUUAGAGGCGCGCCAGUGUUUGCUGCCCGGUACGCCGGCCCAGACGGACUGGCUACUGCAGCGAGCCCCCUUGUCCUUGCUGUCGGGGCCCCCCCAUGGCCUCAAUAAACCCGACCGCUUUGCGGCGUGGGUAGCCGAAGGUUGUGUUGGUCGCGCCCCGGCCCCAGGGGAGCUCGUAGUCCUCACCUCGGACGGAUCUUUUCAGGACAGUCACGGUAGGGUCGGAUGGGGUCUUGUUGUCAGCCUGGUUGAAUCUAGUACCCUUCUCCUGCCGGGACAGUUUGUAGGCUGCUUCUAUGGAGACGUUACUUCCCUUGUUGGUGGUGAAUCCGAUGGCUCGCGGCACAGGGACGCCUACUCUGCGGAGGUCGCUGGCCUCUGCUGGAGCGCAAUUGCUUCCCUUCAACUCGCCAUUUCAUGCCCCGUGAUCUUCCGGUCCGAUUGCACAUCCGCACUGGCUGGGGCGGAGGGGACUGUAAGCAUGCGAUCAGACAAUCUUUGUCAGGCUGCCCGGUGUCUCCAUGCAACGGCCUCGCAGGCGUCCCCUGCCGCAGUCCGAUACCAACAUGUUCCCGGACAUGCCGGUGACUUUGCGAAUGAGCUUGCAGACGCGCUGGCCAAUCACGGCGCAGAUGGACACUCUCUCAUAGAUCCUCUUCGCUUCGACGUGGCUAUGACAGCUGACCUGAGCUUUCUGCAGUGGCUGCCGCACUUUUGUCUGUCCAGACGCCGAGGUUUGGAGGUCCCAUGCCUGCAGCACCAGGUCCUAAGAUGGAAUCGUGGGCCUGGUGCGCACAACCACAGUUCGGAGCAUGUGAUGAAGCCGUUUCUCCGUGCAUUCCCACAAUCCGGUGGCGACGCUGAUGGGCAUAGCCCGCAAUUGUGUCAGUGGCGCAUGGUGAGCUUUAAUGUGCUUUCUCUCCAGGACAGCGGCGGACAGUCGGAGGCUGGGGCCGGCAUUCAUGGCGCUGUCGGCCGACCGUCUCUGCUUCAGCAGUCGUUGGAAACAAUGGGUGUCGCGAUUGCAGGAUUACAGGAAUGUCGAACCUCGCCUGGUUCCAUGCGUUGCGGCCGAUACACCCGUUUCUCCUCUGGGGCAGACCCUAGCUCUUGCUUUGGCAUUGAGUUAUGGAUUCAUGAUGAUAGCCCCUGCAAGGCGGCCUCCGUGGCGGUUUUGCAUGCCUCGCCCACCAUUCUUAUUGUCUCCGCAGCUCUUAUGAGCAGGCCCAUUCGUAUCAUCGUCGCGCACGCGCCCCAUCGUGCGCAUACCUCUUCCACCAAGCAGUCAUGGUGGAAACGUUUCUCCCACCUGUGCCAUACAUAUGUGGCUGGGGGCCUUGCCAUCCUAAUGAUGGAUGCCAACUGCCGGCUGGGCAGUGAGACGUCAUCUGCUAUAGGAAGUUUUCAGCCUGAUGCCCAAGACGAGUCCGGCCUCUGGUUCCACCGACUGCUGGAGGAGCAGGGACUAUGGCUGCCUGCCACCUUUGAACACUGCAUGUCAGGCGACGGUGGAACGCUGCGACAGAAGCGAAGUGGUUCUCUGGACAGGUCUGACUUUAUCGGAGUUCCCGGCUCCUGGUUCAAUAGUACUUGUCGGGCGUGGGUUGAGCCGCAUAUCUCGGCAGGGCACAUGUGUAUCGAUCACAUGGCCGCUGCGCUUGAUGUGUCACUUCUUAUGCCCUCCGCGAGCCACACCACGCCUCGGGCUAAGCGCAUUGAUGUGCGUGCACUGGCUGAUCCCCAAAACGCUGAAGCUGUGGCGCACAUUAUCAACACCUCCCCCCGUCCUGCAUGGACGGUGGAUGUAAGUGAACACGCCGCAGUGGUUGUUGAUCACUUAUACCAGGGGCUAGUAGAUGCAUUCCCCGUCCGACGCGGACGCAUGCGCACAGGAUACCUUACUGAUGGCACUUCGGCACUUCACCGCGUCGUGUCCUCACUGCGCCACUCCGUGCGAUGCAAGAAGAUGGCCCUUCGCUAUGCGCUAUUGCGCUGUGCGUGGCAGGCCUGGCAGUCUGCUGAGAACCCGCUGCUUGCAUUAUUCCAGGGGCAAUGGCUCUGGCAACUGGAGACCCGCUAUGCCCUGAGUUGCAUGCUCCUGCGCCGAUAUGGGAUCCUCCUGCGCCGCGCCUGCCGCGAAGACCGCAACCAAAUGUAUGCGGAGAUUGCGAAUGAGAUCGCAACUUCUGCUCCCAGCUCUAUGCACGGGGUUGUGCAGAAGGUCCUCAAACCUAAAAAGUAUCGCAAGGGCGGGAAUGCCCCGCUCCCUACUCUUUACCGAGCCGACGGUAGUCAGUGCCUGACUCAAAACGAGAUUACCACCGCUUGGCGUGAGCAUUUCCGCGUGCUCGAGGGCGGCCUUGAAACCACCCCUCCUCAACUGCUUGCAGCCUGCAGGGCUUCCCAAGAAGACUUUGAGGGCAGCGACACCGUUGACGCUUCACAUAUGCCCACGUGGAUGGACCUCGAAGCGGCUCUUCGUCGCACGGCCGCGCGCAAGGCGGCCGGCCCUGACCUGCUUCCUCCAAUGCUCUGCAAGCGCUUUAGCCCCCAGCUCACAUCGCUUCUAUGGCCCCUGCUCCUUAAGACAGUGUGCGGGGCGGCUGAAGCGGCUGGUAUGAAAGGGGGCACCUUGCAUCACAUUUGUAAGCCACACCCUAAGUCGCCCCACACAUGUGACGCCCAUAGAGGCAUCCUUGUGCAAUCGGCUCUUUCCAAGGCCUUUCAUAGAUCCCUGCGGGGCUUGGUCGUGAAACAUUGGACGGGAGCUGCUCUACCCCUGCAAAUAGGCGGCCGUUCCGGAUGCAGUGCCUCUUUCGGACACUUGUGCUCGCGAGCACUUUUGCACUACGCAUACCGAAACGGUCUCUCCGCUUCCUUGAUCUUCAUUGACCUGUCCUCAGCGUACUAUGCAGUGAUUCGAGAGACGCUGUUCGGUAAAGACCUCUCGUCCCGACCAGUGCAUGAAAUCGCUGCAGCUCUUGGACUGGAUUGUGAUGACCUUCAGGAGCUUACUCGCCUGGUUGAACAUGAGGCAAUACUCCCACAACAGGACGCCCCGGCCUUGAUGCAGGAGCUUGCGCACGAGUUCCAUCAGCAGACAUGGUUUGUCCUCCAUGGAGACGAGCAAAUGAUCUCCACAUUUCGAGGAACAAGGCCGGGUGGCACACUAGCGGACAUCAUGUUUAACCUGUUGUUCGGACAGGCACUGAAAAGACGGAAGUCCAGCUCCUUGCUCUCUGCUGUUCCCUCGGUUCCCUGGAGCGGCCAACGCACGCUGUUCCCUACGAGCGUCGCAGAGAACAGCCCAUUAAAGGACAUCCCGGAUAUUGUGUAUGCUGACGACCUCUGCAUUCCGGUAGUCUGUGAGAAAGCCUCUAAACUCCGGGGCGUUGUCUCCGCUGUUGCUGCGGAUACGUUUGACACCCUCACGCCCCAUGCACUUCGCGUCAAUCUAGGACCAACGAAGACGGCUGCCAUUAUGGCACACAUCGGCCCCGGGUCGCGGGCCGCGAGGCACGAAUCCUUCGGAACGCUGAAAGGGCGGGCACCCGUUUUCCCGGAUAACAAAGGCCUGCUCUGGCUUGACCUUGUUGCGCGCUACCGACACCUGGGGGCUGUCGUGGCCUACGACGGCUCGAUGCGUGCUGAUGUCAAGCACCGGCUUGCCCUUGCACGUUCUGCCUUCAAGGAUGGGAUGUUCCACUGCAAAGGCGGGCUGCCUUCUUCCGAAGUCACGUCUUAUCUGCUCUUACAGCAGGAAUUGGCAGCUGGCCUGAGCUCGGAGAAUGCGACCGCCUCCUUUUCUCGGGAGGGCUUGUUGGUCUAUACCGCCAGCUUUUGGGCCUCAGGGCCCAUGGACACUGGCAUUUUACCACAUCCCAACUUCUCUCAUCGACCGGGUUGCCGUCGGCAGAAACCAUACUCCAUGUCGAGCGCCUUCGAUUUCUGGGGCAGCUUGUCCGACAUGGCCCAGACGAGCUCUGGGCUCUUCUCGGCUGGUACACUGAUUACCAGGAUUGGGCAAGCUGGGCACUACUUCUGCGUGAUAACCCUGGCCGCUGGAAGGGCAUUCUCAAGAGAGCGGAAGCCUGGCAAGGGCUUCAUCAUGACUUGCAGGCAAGCUUUGAUUUUGCUAUCCGCCAGAUAUGGGAUCAUUCGGCUCCUGCCCCGACCUCCGAUCUCUCUGACCUUCAGCAUGGCUGUCUGGUGUGCGGACUGGCCUUUGCCUCUCGACAGCAGUGGGGUGCCCACGCUCAAAAAGUCCACGGUUACCGUCAUCCAGCAACCCGACUUGCAGUUGGACGGCAGUGCCGUGCUUGUGGCUCGCAAUACGCCACGCAGCGCCGUCUCCGAUGUCAUCUGCUCGCCUCUGCGC